AUGGCCAUCGAAAAACCCAUCAAUACUGCCGUGGUGGGCUGUGGUCAAUGGGGAGUCAAAGUCGUCUCUGCUUUUGCUCGGAUGAACGCUCUGGCUGCCGUGUCAGAUGCCGACGUCGAACAGGCCAACAAGAUCGCACAAGAUCACCACGUCCCAGCCAUGGAUUGGCCUUCUAUCUUGGAAGACCACUCCAUCACGGCCGUUGCGAUUGUGACACCCGCGAAGGACCAUGCCAACAUGAUCGAGCAAGCCAUACGCGCUGGGAAGCACGUCUACGUUGAGAAACCUCUCGCGCUAUCUUCAUCUGAUGCGGAAGCAGUGGCGGCUCUCGUCUCUCGAUCUGCAAGCACCUUUAUGGUUGGCCACAUCCUCCAGUACCAUCCUGCUUUCCUCGCCCUCAAGUCGCGUGUGCAGCAAGGUCAACUUGGCCGAGUGCGCUUCAUUCGGUCAGCUCGAUUCGGACCUGGACGUAUUCGACAAGAUGAGGAUGCGCUCUGGUGUUUGGCUCCGCACGACAUCUCCAUGAUUCUUGGACUGACGGGUCAACAACCAGAGUCUGUGCGGGCUCAUGGAAGUUCCUUCUUGCGUGCAGGCAUUGCUGACACGGUCAACUGUCGGCUCACGUUUGCGGACAAUCUGGAAGCCGAGAUCGCCGUCUCGUGGGCUCAUCCCUACAAGCAUCGCAGUCUCGUUGUCACGGGUGAUAAGGGUACUCUGGUCUUUGAUGAUGACCAACCUUGGGCCAGCAAGCUGAGAUACUUCGAGAAUACCUUGACCUGGAAGAAAGGAUGUCCGACUUUCAACCAAGGUUGCUCCGAAGCGAUAUCUGUCGAAGAAAGAGAACCUUUGAUGGAGCAAAUCAAGCACUUCGUAGAGUGUGUCCGCACAGCUCGCCGCCCGAUCACUGAUGUGCGCGAGGGUCUUUCGGUUAUCAAUGUCCUUGAGGCAGCCACAAACGCAAUGCGUGAUCAAACGGGAAUGCCAACCAAGUCUCUGGCUCAAAAGAUUCCCAUGGUCGACCUGAAAGUCCAGCAAAGGCUUAUCAAGGCCAAGCUUGACGAGAGGAUCGCGAAUGUGUUGCACGAGGGACAGUAUGUAUGGGGCCGCGAGAUUAAAGAAUUGGAGCAAAAGCUCGCAUCGUACACGGGCUGCGAACAUGUGAUUACCUGCUCUAGCGGCACUGACGCCCUGCUUCUGGCCCUUCUCGCCAUUGGUUUACUUCCUGGCGAUGCCGUCCUGGUUCCUGCCUUCACUUUUGUCGCCACUGCAGAGCCCAUAGUCCUUCUUGGAGCGACCCCCAUCUUUGUGGAUAUCGAUCCUGUCAGCUUGUGCAUUAACCCGGAUCUCAUUGCAAAAGGCGUCGAAGCUGCCAGGAAAGCCGGCUGUCGACCUGUUGGGAUGAUCACGGUCGAUCUCUUCGGCCGCCCGGCCGACUAUACUCGCUUGCAUUCUAUCAGCUCAGAUCUGGGUCUCUGGCUGAUAGCUGAUGGGGCACAGAGCUUCGGUGCCAGUGUUGCAGGCAAACGUGUUGGAUCUCUUGCAUGCAUGACGACCACGAGCUUCUUCCCAGCCAAACCACUAGGUGGCUACGGGGAUGGAGGCGCCAUCUUUACUUCUGAUGCAGAGCUUGCUGCAAAGCUGCGGUCCAUCCAUCAGCAUGGCCAGGGUGACCACAGAUACCAUUGUGUACGUCUCGGCAUGAAUAGCCGCCUGGACACUAUUCAAGCGGCGAUUCUGCUCGAAAAACUGGAGGUCUUUCCGAAGGAGCUGGAAAAUCGCCAGAUUGUUGCAGCACGGUACGCAUCUUUCCUCAAGGGAAUAGUGCGCACGCCACAUCCGCCGCCCCCGGAGACGAAUGUCUGCCAUGCUUGGGCCACAUACACCAUACGCCUGAAGAAUCGAGCUGCCUUGCAAGAGCACUUGAAGAGCGUAGGCAUCGACAGCAUCCCCCAUUAUCCGGAUCCACUGCACAAGCUUGCGCCUUAUGAGAAGUACCCGACCAUCGAAGGUGGAUGUCCCGUCGCGGAGGAAGCAACAUCUGAGGUCUUGAGCAUACCUUUUCAUCCGUAUCUUGACGAAAACACCCAAUGGCUCGUUUCCCAUGCUGUGAGACAAUUUGUGGCUAGCCAGACUUGUUAG